GGGCUCUCUGGCUCGUGUGACGUGCAUAUAGGACUGAUCAUCUGUUAUGAAAAAGUUAACGAUUUAGCUAAAUCAUAUUGACCGCGUACCUCAAAAAUGGGGAAAUUAAACGUCGUCCUUUUGAGAUACCUGUCACGGGAUGAUUUCCGGGUUCUAACUGCAGUCGAAAUGGGCAUGAAGAACCAUGAGCUCGUCCCAGUGAGCUUGGUCGCCUCCAUUGCAAGCCUCAGACAUGGAGGGUGCAACAAAAUCCUCAGAGAGCUGGUGAAACACAAAUUGAUGGCCUACGAACGAUCUAAAAUGGUACAAGGAUACCGGUUAAACUAUGGGGGAUAUGAUUACCUGGCCCUGAAGACACUAUCCUCAAGAGAUGUCAUCACAUCAGUGGGAAACCAAAUGGGAGUGGGCAAAGAGUCAGACAUCUAUAUUGUUGCAAACGCCGAGGAGGAACAGUUUGCGUUGAAACUGCACAGGCUGGGAAGGACGUCUUUCCGAAACCUUAAGAACAAGCGUGAUUACCACAAGCACCGCAACCGCAUGUCAUGGCUCUAUCUGUCCCGUCUCUCCGCCAUGAAGGAGUUUGCCUACAUGAAGGCACUGUAUGACCGAGGAUUUCCUGUCCCCAAGCCAGUGGAUUACAACAGGCACGCCGUGGUGAUGGAGCUCAUUAAUGGCUAUCCUCUGUGCCAGGUGAGGGAGGUGGCAGACGCGGCCGCUCUUUACAGCGAGAUCAUGGAGCUGAUCGUGAAGCUGGCCAAUCACGGCCUGAUCCACGGUGACUUCAACGAGUUCAACCUCAUGCUGGACGACAACGACCACGUCACCAUGAUCGACUUCCCCCAGAUGGUCUCCACCUCCCACGCCAACGCAGAGUGGUAUUUUGACCGUGAUGUGAAGUGCGUCCGAGAUUUCUUCAUCAGACGUUUCAACUACGAGAGCGAACUCUACCCAACGUUUAAAGACAUAAGGCGAACGAGUUCCUUGGACGUGGAGAUCUCGGCCAGCGGUUACACCAAGGCCAUGCAGCAGGACGACGAGCUGCUCCACCCGGAGGGGCCAGAGGGGGGCGCCACCACAGAGGAGGCAGAGGACGGUCCACCCAGUGAAGACGAGGAGGAGGAGGAGGAUGACGACCCAGAGAAGAGCCACAGCGCCCAGGCCGACACUCCAUCAGAGAAGGGAGUGGACCUGGAGGAGUACAAGCAGGCCAUGCUGGAACUGGAGGGCCUUAGGCUGGGGGAGGAGAGUACCAAGGGAGCUCUCAAAGGCCAUGCCAGCCAGGACCAGACAGACUGUGACACAGGCACUAUGGCCAAAGAGACUGGCGAGGGACAACAGGAGCAGCGUGAACCACAGUGUGGUACGGACGACGCUGAGACACUGAGGACAGAGGUUGUGUCUGAGGAUGUGGGAGGCAUCGUUCCAGAGAGGCGUGGAAGUGAUGAAGAGGAUGGGCGGGAGGAUGAAGAUGAAUGCCCAGAACUGGUUGACCUGUCGGCCAUCAACAAGGAAUUCAAACCUUUCAGGGACAGUGAGAGUCUGCUGCACGUGAAUGAGCACCGUCAGAGAACCACCAGCGAGGGCUCAGACGAAACCAUAGGCAGUGUAACCAGCUGCUCCACCAUACCUCCUGAGGUGAUUCGUCAGAAGGUGAGGCGUCAGCUGUCUAAGCAACAGAAGGCGGCCAUCAGACGGCGUCUCCAGAAGGGCGAGGCCAACCUGGUGACCAAGGCCAGACGAGAGAACUCCAGCAACAUCAAGAGCAGUCUGGACGCGGCGUCCUUCUGGGGCUGAUGCUGCUAGGGUGGAAGCAGCAGCCUCCUUCUGGUGAUGAGACAGCCAGGGACUGGUGUUGCAGUGGAGGCAUGGAGGUGUUGGAUGUGAGGCUGUGGAUUUUAGGGGUACUGGCCUGAAGUGAGUUGAAGUGAGGUGUUUGGAAAUGCAGGCUACAGAGACGUGUUCAAGUCACGACUCGAUCUCUAUGGAAUGCAAUCAAGCCACAAGGACUCUUGGCAAACAUGCAUUGUGGAGUUAUGGAGUGAGGAGUGCAGUCAGAGGGGUGUACUAAGAACGCGGUUAAGUGAUAAACCAGCCUUAGUUAACCUACAGGAAGAGAUAAACCUGCUAAUAGAUAUACCUGCAGGCAUCAUUUAGUUAGGAAAAUUAGAUCUCCUGGCUGCUCUAUUAGAUGAGUUAGUCCUAUCACAAGGUUAACUUAACCUGGUUUACUACUGAAUCAGCUUCUUAGUAUUCCCCCAGGAGGUGUGCUCUUAUCUGUACCCCUUGGUACAGGUCAUCCCUAACUCCAGGCAGUACAAUACAAUCAAACCACAAGGACGCUUUGGAAAGAUCCAUCAUCCAAACUGGACUCAUGGGUCACACACCAACUCGGAGAGAUGAGUCUUUGAUCACUAUUAUUUUUGUGUGUCCAUUGUUAUGAAAUAUUAUUGAUGACUUGAGUAAAGAAAAAGAAAAAUAUGAAGCGUACAGACAUCCUGUGUUCAUUUACUGCACCAUACAGGGCAAGAAGGCAUCAGCUUUAAAUAGACAUGUGGUAACUCUUGUAAAAUGUAAUGUUUGGUUGACAUUAAAGGUCAAUUUUCAUGGUGAUUGCAUAAAGUUAUGUUGACCACAUCCGAGCCCCAGUCUAUGAACUGUGGCUAGCAAAGUACCAAUGGAAAGACAUGCUGACAAUCUUUGCACAGCACUUAAGUGAAAGUCUGAAACUCCAACUCCCACUGUCAUUGUGACACCGCACACAAGUGCAUGCAACAAAAUGCAUUUAUGCCUCACCCGUGAAAAAGGAUGCAAGGAUGUGGGAGAGCAUUGGUUAAUUACUCCCCCCCCCACCAACCUGGCAGGUCGGGAGUCGAACCAGCAACCUUUGGGCUCAAGUCUGACAGCCUAACCGCUUACCCAUCACUGCCUUUGCUUAGGAAAUGGUCCAACGGUUGUGCAUGAUACAGUAGAUCAAAAUGAAUUGCAUUUGGCAACAUAUCUAUUUGUUGAGAACC